AUGGCUGAUGACGACAACUUCGACAUUGACAUCUAUGGUGACGAUGAGCAAGAUCUCAAGCCCGAACCCCAGCCCGAGGAAGAACAAAAACAAACAGACACCGACUACAACCCAGGCCUUGAUGGUACCAACUAUGGUCAACAGCCCAACGAACCAGAGACGGAACCACCAAUAGACAACGACGUCAAACUAGAGGGCGACCCCGACGAGAUGAAAGUCCAGUAUGAGAAAAGUCACGGUGGUGUCGACUCUGGCGGUCUACAAGAGCAGCAACAAAUCCUCAGUACUACUGGAUCAUCAGCCGACCAGUACAACGCCCCGAAACAGGCACCAACAGAACAAGGCACUAAGCGGAAAGAGGGUGAAGAUACUCGCGAGGUAGAUCCAGGUGCAACAUCAGCUUUGAGGCUCGGGGAGCUUCAAUGGUGGAUCAGCGAGGACGACAUCAGAGGCUGGGCCAAUCAAUGCGGCUGCGAAGAUGAACUCAAGGAAGUCACUUUCAACGAACACAAAGUGAACGGAAAAAGCAAAGGGGAAGCCUUUGUUGAGCUCGCAUCGCCCCAAGCGGCCACAGCACUCAAACACCGCAUCGACUCUUUCGGUGCAGACCAGCAAUAUGUCAAAAAGCACACCUGCAUCUACGCACGACCGGAUUACAAUCCUUUCAAGACAUCGCCGAAGGAUGCGCCUCAGCGCAACAAGGUGGUUGCCCCGGGCGCUUACAACAACGGGCCUGCCUUCCAGUCUGGAGGAGGCUUCCGCGGCGGGCGUGGUGGAUACAACCGAGGAGGUAUGAACAACAUGAAUACCGGCAUGAACAUGAACGGCAUGGGCCGUGGCAACUUCAACAACCCCCAGAUGAACAUGAUGGGUGGGUUCAACGGAGGUGGUAUGGGAGGCAACUUUAACAACAAUAUGAUGGGUGGCUUCAACAAUGCCAUGGGAGGUUUCAACAACAACCGUGGCGGCAUGAUGGGUAACAACAUGCGUGGAAACUUCCAGAACAACCGAGGCCGAGGCGGUAUGAUGAUGCCAAACAUGAACAUGGGCAUGGGUAUGGGCAACAUGGGCAUGAAUAACAUGACUGGCAUGAACAACAUGGGAGCGAUGGGUGCCAUGGCUAUGGGCAGCAUGAACAUGGGAGGCUUCGGUAACAACACGCAAGGAGGACACUUCAACCCGGGCUUCUUCAACAACGGCGGUGCAGCAAAUGGCACAUCGUCGGGUGGCAGCAUGUCGCCUACUGGCAACCCUCACGGUGCCAAAAGACCUCGACCGGAGUAG